GAUGUCUGUGAACAUGUUCUUGUACACAGUUGUACGACAUGGACAUAAACUCACCAGUCCAUUUUCACUUCUCCUAUUCUCCACUCAUUCUGCAUUCUCCUUAGCUCUUACUAUGCCUAUAAAACAAAAGCCAAGAGCUACUGAAAAAAAGACUGAGCUCAGCUACCAGCCGAUCGUAGUCACUGCGCUUGAUGGUUUCCUCCUCAGUGGCACACUCUUCUUCCCACAAGGGCCAAUCGUCACUGCUCUUCCGCCUGAUGCUGUCCCCGUCAAUGACACUUCUGAUUUCUCUAAUGGGGCAAUACGCAAACAAGCAAUCGAUCAACUGACAAAAGUCGCUAUCAUUGGCUCUGCUACCGCCACCAUUCAGGAUUAUUAUUUUAAAUUUGCACAGUAUCUGUCCCAAGAGCUUGGAAUGGUUGUCGUCACAUACGACAACCGUGGCGUGGGCCGAUCUAUGCCCAAUAAUGAGCAGCUUGCUUUCCUAAAGGCCUCUGCCGAAAACGUUCCGCUCUCUCCCGGCAACUCGUCUUCCUCAGCCCCACCACUGCCACCCAAACCAUCCAGCAUGUCCACAGUUCCAUCACAGGAGCCCAAUAAUGCAUCAUCCAAGGAUAAAAAGAAUAUUAAGAGCCCAUUGAUCGGCUUUGAGGCUACGAUCAUCGACUGGGCACUCAAGGAUUUGCCUGGAGUCUUCACAUAUGUGCUGGAGCACUUUCCACAUAACCCAACUGUUUAUGUGGGUCAUUCCGUCGGGGCACAUAUCUUACCUGCUAUUGACGCCUACUACACACGCAACGUCGAGCGAUGUCUCUUCGUCAGUGCUACAUCUGCUUAUUGGCGGUAUAUGAAUAGUCCCUUGUUCACUUAUUGGUUCUUCUUCAUUGCCUCACCCAUCGUCAAUGCACGAUAUGGAUACUAUCCAGGAAAAACGUUAUGGAACGCAAUGGAGGAUUUGCCCAAGGGAUGUUUUGAAACUUGGUCGUAUUGGGGAUCGUUUAAGGAUUACAUGUUAGGUGGUAACCCCGAGUGGAAGCCUAAUUUUGAACUUUUCAAAGUGCCAACGUACUCAAUCUAUUUCUCGGAUGACGACUUUUCGUCAACCUCGGCGCCACGGAUCGUAGAGACAAUCCCAAAUGCUUUGCGGAGAUGUGUUGGCCUCAAUCCGGUAGAGGAUUUAAACAUGAAGAAGGUUGGACACAUGGGUUUCUUUUUCAAUUCAUGCAAGGAAAAAUUGUGGAAGACAGUUGUACACUCGUGGCUAGUUGAGGGACACGCGUUAGAUCGUGAUACGAUCAAAGAGCAGGUUAGACUUCAGAGUAGUCAUGCUCGACUUUAAAUAUAAGAUUCUUCAAACCUCACUCCAUGUGAUACACGCCUCCUACAAUUGCGCCAGAUGCAUGAAGCACACUUGUCCCAUUCGACACCUGAAGAAAUUUGUGAGAGCCUCUGUCAUUAACAAAUAAACUACAGUUCUCAACAAAUUCUUUCACGAAACAGGGUUUUGUCAUCAUGCCUGACAUACGUCGAAGCCGAACAUUCAUUGAGCAAGAUCAACAGAGUGCCCAUCAGCUCUUUGUGGAUGCUCAAGGACAACCAUUACAAAUAUGCAUCUCUCGCUCUGUUCAGAACAGCUCGGAUCUUGAGAACUUAAUUAGAGUAAAUGGCGGGACCAAACUUUGACUUAUCAAUCUUCCUACUUGGAAGUGAAGC